AAAGAUCGCAUUAUCUUCGUUACCAAGGAAGACCAUGAAGCGCCCAGCAACGCUGAGCUCAUUGCAGACGACCCCAAUGACCCCUACGAAGAUCAGGGUCAGUGGGCUGUGGAUUCUGUGAAUUCAUGUAGAAGGAUUAUGAAACUCAUCAGUAGUGUAGUCAUUACAAGGAUACCAAAGAGGUGUAUAUUGAAGAAUGAUGAAGGUUCGCAAUUACAACCAUGUCAAUACAUUCUUAUAUCCCUAUUCCUCUAGGCCUAAUCCUGCCCAGUGGGGAGAUCAACUGGAACUGUCCAUGCCUGGGAGGGAUGGCUAGCGGGCCCUGUGGGACACAGUUCAAGGAGGCCUUCUCCUGCUUCCACUACAGCAAUGAGGAGGUGAAGGGUUCAGAGUGUAUCGACAACUUCCGUGCUAUGCAGGAGUGUAUGCAGAAGUACCCCGAGCUCUACCCCCAGGAGGAUGAGAAUGAGGGAGCCACCCCAGGAGGGGCUGACGCUGCUGCCCCUCCCCCCAUUGAUUAUACUGCACCUGCCCCCGUGCCCGCUGAGGACUCUUCCCCAGCCUCAGUGCCCUCUAGUAACUCUACCACGUCCCCACCAACACCUGAGUAUGCCCCGUCAUCCGACAAUACACCACCCACAGACAGCCAGGCUGCCAGC